AUGAGCAUGAAAGUGAUCAUUCGCACGCGACCGUCGACAAAUUUCGCGACACAGCAGCUGCAAAUCAAUCCGGAAGAGAAUACGAUAAAUGUAAAUAAUAGGACAGCAGCCUCUGGUGGCACUUCACCUAUAAAAAUGGAUGUUGGACCGUCGAACCGAAAGGAAUGCUGGCAAUUCAAGUUCCAUCAAAUUUUACAUAAUGCUGGACAAGAUCGCGUUCACCAGGCUAUUGCACGUGACAUUAUACACGACGCUGUAGUCAAAAGUAUAAAUGGUACUAUUAUGGCUUAUGGCCAGAUUGGAGCGGGCAAAAGUUUUACUAUGAUAGGCGAUACACGCAAUUACCAAUAUCGAGGAAUUGCUCCACGCGCCAUAGCACAAUUAUUUCAAGAAGUAGAAGAUUGUAUGGACUCACAGUUCACGGUUCGUGUUUCGUACUUGGAAAUCUACAACGAUCACCUUUACGAUCUUUUAGGUGACCCCAAGCGAGAUAUUAAUGGAGAUCUUGUGGUGGUUGAGGAUAGAAAUGGAACUAAUGUUCGUGGACUGACGCAAAUAGAGGUUCACAGUGAACAGGAAGCUCUCGAUCAGCUUUUUUACGGAGAGUUACAGCGUUCAGUAUCAGAACAUCAAUUGAAUAAGCGUUCGAACCGAAGUCAUAGUAUAUUGACAUUCCAUAUUGCUCAAAAAUCGUGUGUCGAGGGUAUGGAGCGGGUUGCAUUAAGUAAAUUGCAUUUAGUAGAUCUUGCAGGCAGUGAACGACUUAAGAAAACAGUUGAUGGAGACCUGAAAAGUUUAAAGGAUACGAGAGCUGGCUCGUUCUCAAAGAUUCGAAAGGAAUCUAUGUAUAUUAACCAGAGCCUAAGCUUCUUAGAGCAGUGUAUUGUAGCUUUAGGCUCGAAAGAGCCACGAUAUAUUCCAUACCGCCAGACCAAGCUCACGAACAUUUUAAAAGACUCAUUGGGGGGCAUGUCGAAUACACUUAUAUUUGCUUGUAUUAGGGGUGAAGCAUGUCAUUUAGAAGAGACGCUCUCAACAUUGAAGCUGGCAACACGAAUGAUGCAAGUUCAGAAUGAAGUAGCUACGACUGUCCAGCUGGACCCGGUCCAAAUAUUACGAAAGUACGAACGACAAAUUCGAGAAUUGCAGCACGAGUUGGUUAUGCGUGAUGCACUUGUUGAAGGAUCAGCAAUUGUUUGUGAGGAGCUUACGCUUGAACAACGACAAGCGUUGCAGCAAAUGGCACGACUAUACAUCGAAGCACCAACUCAAAAGAUUGAGGACGAGACUUUGCAAUUUUCUAGCGUGCAAGACAUUCGAGAGAUCUUUCGUCAGUUUAAGUUGCUUGUCAAGAGCUCAGGAAUUGAGCCGAUAGGCAUGGAACGUGUACUGAAAAAAACAGGAGAUGCAGCGAACUCGAGUACUUUAUUGAAAUCUAGUUCUGAGGGGGGGGUGGUAGCCCAAAAUUUGACUGGAUCUCGUGAGAGUCUUGGUGUUGAGGCACAGCAUAACAGUUGUAGUCAAGAGGUGGUUGGGGAAGAAAAAGCAACUGCUCUUGGUCCAGGUGCAGUUCGAUCAGCUACUGUCGACACUGGUAAGACUGCUAUAUAUCAAAAGGCUGAAGUGGUGAUCAAUAAUCCUGACCUAGCGGAGAAGCAGCUGCAAGCUCCAAGUAUGUGUGCUUCUACUGAUAAUGAGCUCUUUGAGACGAGUAGAGAUGAAAGAAAUAUUGAAGAAAGUAAUUGUAUGACAAAUGGUGCUUCUUUGGUCAAAAAUGAUGCAUUUCAAGUUUUUCGAACUACAGGACCGGGGCGUGAAUUAUAUCAAAAUCUGCAGCACGAGAAAGAUAAGUUGUUUGAAGCGAAGCAGAGUGUGAAACAGACUGCAUGUCGAGUGAAUGCUUCGAAAGCUCAAAUCGAUAGCAUCCGUGUUCAACUUGAAGACAAACGAAAUCAACGAGGAGGAGAGAAAAAUAGAGCUGAAAAGCAUUUAUUUGGAGUGAAAGAGAUUGUAGAUGAAGAUGAGUUUACUUUGAUGACAGCCGAGCGAGAAGCAAAACGACAGUACCGCUCAAUUUUUAGAGAUCUUAGAGAUGCCAAGGAUGAGCUAGAUGUUGCACGUCGCAGUGUUGAAUUAUUACGAAGACGACUGGCGCGUGAAUUUGAGGAUUGGUAUGGUGAAAAGGGACACGCAUCUGCUGGUACUACUAGCUUUGAUGGAGCAUAUGAGGAAUUGGCCUCAUGUAGCAAGGAGGACAAAUUGGAUGACGGGGAAAAGUUUGACCAGAUGGAAAUAGAACGCAUUCGAGCACAAGAUCCAGCGUCGUUAGCAUUUUUUCUGGCCCAGAAAAAGAUGAGACACCAAGCACGCGCUAUGAAGCCAGCCUCGCAACGAAAAGCUAAACAUUGA